AUGCCAUGCUGGGAUAUGAUUAUAUGCCGCUGGAUGCAACAAUACCCCCAAGCUAUGGAGAGAUACAUGGAGGAUGAGCCAUGCAAUGGAAUUUCAUCGUGCGCGUGGCUCCCAGAUGAUGAACUGGCUGUCUGUACCUCCGAUACCGCCGAAGAUAACCGCGCUGACUUCCAGAUCUCAGGCGGUACUAUACGCGCACAUCUGUAG